UUUUGCAGCACGCUUCGCGGCAUUGUAGUAGGAUUUGUACACAUAUCUCGUUUUUAUCACUGAGAUUAUCGUUUUAUUAGGUAAUUAAAAUUCUGCAGCUCGCAGUAAAAUGGACGAGGGUAGGGUUUUAGAGAUGCACAAUGUCCACAAUCCAUGAAAAUAUAUGUUACUUAAACUGUACCUCACGGAUGCCAGGUGAAGCCAGUUGUAUUCCAGUCGCUGAAGUGAUGAAUACAAUGACAGCAGAGGACUACAAAGAAUCGUACUGGCCAAGGCUGGAAAAAGCAGUUGAACAGCUGCUGACUCAAAGCCCUGUGAAAUAUAGUUGUAUCUCCUAUGAACAGAUUUACAGUCAUGUUUAUAAGUGUGUGUGUCAGCAAUACUCCGAACAGCUGUACAGGGACCUGAUAUGGAAGAUAACAUCUCAUUUACAGCAAGUGUGCCAAGAGUUGCAUGAAAGCCGACCUGAAAGUUUUGUUGAAAACUUCAAUAUUGCUUUCACUCAAUACAUGGCUGCAAUGCAGUGCAUCAUUCCCGUGUUCAUUUAUAUGAACAAGUGCUACAUUGAAACUAAGCUGAACAGAAACUUGAAGGAUGACCUUAUGGACCUUUUCUCAGCUCAUGUUGCAGAGAAACAUAUUAAUACGUUAAUAUGUCUACUUAAGAAAGCUGAUGCAAUGCCAUUUCAAGUUAAACCAUCAACCAUGGCAAGUGUGGUAAAGGGCCUUUAUGAUCUGCAACCAGACUGGGCUCAGCUAGCCCCUGCACUGUUUUCUAGAUUUAUUCCCCAGAUUCACCCUCCUGUUUUGGAGUCUGAUCUGCUGCAUUAUGCAGCUCAAGACCGGACAUUGCAAAUGGAGCUUACACUAAAUGGUUUUUCCAGGCAUUUUCUUAUUCUCUUAAAUCCUGUUGAACAAUCUGGAUAGAAACUCCACUGCUGUCUCUCCUAGAUACUUCCAUAACUUCACAGGUAUGUCAUCUCGACCAACCGCUUUACUCUUGAUUCACCUCAGAGCCUCUGACCUCAUCCUUUCUAACCUUUGAAAUAUCCUGCUCUGCAAUAUUCACCUUUUCUUCCUGUCUUUCCUUCUGAUUUUCCUUAUUCAUCAGCUCCUCGAAAUAUUUGUAUCUGAGUCCUGUACAUCCUCGCUCCACAACCAUUUUUCAUUAUUUUUGUUUCUCCUUCCAGAUGACAUACCUAGCACACUCCUACCUGUCUCCCUGAUCAUUUUUGCUGUAGCUUCCCAACUGUUUCAGCUUCUGUCUGAUUUCCUCACAGCAUUCUUUCUUUUUCAACAUCCACCACCAAACUCCACACAAUAAUAAUAAAACAGUUUGUAUCCCCUUCCAAUUUGCUCCCCUUCCACCCAUCUCCUGCGCACACAGUAUAUUUACCUUCCGCUGUCCGCUAGCUCUCUACCUUUUCCUGUCAUUGUACCAGCUUUGGCAUUUGGUAGCCUAGUGGUUAAGGUGUUGUGCUACCAAUCGGAAGGUUGUGAGUUCGAUCCCAGGUCCACCAAGCUGUAGGUCAACAGUGCCAAUGGUGGUCGACCGAUUUGGAUUGGAUUUACCACUGACGAUUUGCAUAUUUAAAUUUGGCAUGUUAUAUAACUCAAUAUAUACUAAUCAGCCAUAACAUUAAAACCCCCUGAGGUGACAUAAUAACAUUGAUAAUCUCAAGCAAAUUAUAGACAAUUCUCAAAGUUGAUGUUAUAACCUGAAAAAUUGGCAGGAAUAAGGGCCAAAAGCUCUUGUGGGGUGUUUCCUAUUAUUCAGAGGUUAGUAAAAGUGGAAGGAAGGAAGGAAGGAAGGAAGGAAACCCAGUGAAUCGGCAAGAGGGUCAUAGGUACUCAAGGGCCAUUGAUGCACAUGGAGAGCAAAUGCAGGUGCAUCUGGUCGGAUACCACGUACAACUACUAUAAUACUAGCUGUAAUAAAUAGGUGUCAAACAAACAGUGCAUGAGGUACACAGGGAUACACUGGACAAACAUGUCCCUUCUAUUGAGACCCCACCUCGCAACUUAAAGGAUCUGCUGUUUACAUAUUGGUGGCAGAUACCACAAACUUGUGGAGUCCAUGUCUCAACAGGUCAAAGCUGUUAGGGCAGGGACUGUGGGACCUAUACAUUAGCCUGGUGGAUUUCAUGUUAGGGCUUAUCUGUGUAUAGGCCAGACUAUAUUAAUGAAAAAAAAAAUAAUAAUGAGUAAUUAUAUUUCCAGGUGUGACCACUCACGUAAAAGAGCAAGUGAAGAAUCCUGAAAAUCCUGUUGGAAAAAAAAGGCAAUGAAGAAAGCAUCCAUAUUUUAGAUGAGAGUUAUAAGGACAAGGCUAUAUAACUGACACACACACACACUGGAUAUAUAUAUAUAUAUAUAUAUAUAUAUAUAUAUAUAUAUAUAUAUAUAUAUAUAUAUAUAUAUAUAU